AUGGCUGAUUUUAACAAACGAUCGUUUUGGAAUUUUACAUUAAAAGAUAUAUUAGCUAUUAUAAGUUCAGUCGCGAUACCCAUAGCUCUUGCUAUUUAUACUUCAGUUAGCUCUGAACAACAAAAACAACAAGCUGAGAAAAAACAACAGUUUGAUUUUGAACAAUCAAGAGAAUUAAGACAACAAACACUUUAUGAUGAAUUUUUAAAUAAUACUUAUAAAUUAGAUAAAGAUGGUUAUCUCAACGACACAAGAAAUCCAUGGGCAUUUGCAAAUGCAUAUUAUCGUGCUGCUCAUCGUCAAUGGGAUACAACGCGUAAAGCAGAUGUUAUACAAUUUCUUAAAGAAAAACAACUAAUUGGCAGAAAUAAUUGUUCUAAUGGAUGUAGAACAACAAAACUAGAUGAUAUAAUUCGUUUAAAUGAGUUAAGCUUUGAUAAGGUACAUUUAGCAAGUGAAACUGGCAUAUUAAAUAAGUUGAAUUUACAAUGCACUUCUUUUGAACAAGUCUCAAUGUCAAAUGCGGAGUUUUCAUCUGUUAAUUUGAAUGGUGUAUCAUUUGAUGGAGCACGGUUAGAUAAUGCAAAAUUUGAUGGUUCAUCUUUGGUUUGUGUUAGUUUUCAUGGUGCAAAUCUGAUAGGUGCACAUUUCUCAAACAGUGAUAUGACAGGAGCUAAAAUAACGGAAGAUCAAAUAAAACAGGCAUCUUUUCAUAAUGUAAUUAUGCCAAAUGGAAAGAAAAUUGAAACUGCAUCCGCAACGACAAUAAAAAAACCUAUAAUGCAAACUACAACAAUAAUAAAAACAGAAAUUUCGACAACAACAUCAUCAUCAUCAACACCAACGUCAUCGAUAACAACACCAUCCACUACAUCAUCAAAAACAACUUCAAUAGCAUCCACGACAACUUCAACAUCAUCGACAACAUCAAUAACAACAACAACAUUAUCAUCAACAGCAGCAACAUCAUCGUUAACAGAAGCAAUAUCAUUAACAGCAGAAGUAGAAGCAGCAGCAACAUCAUUAUCAAUAGAAGCAACAUUAUCAACAGAAGCAACAUUAUCAACAGCAAUACUAAAAUGGAUAGCUACAGGAAACAUGAGUGUCGCACGAUAUUGGCACACAGCAUCCACAUUAGCAAAUGGAUUCGUAUUAGUUACUGGUGGAUUUGACGGUAAUUCCGUUCUCAGUAGUGCUGAAUUAUACAAUCCAUCAACGGGUACUUGGACAACCGCAGGUAGUAUGAAUGUCGCACGACAAUAUCACACAGCAUCCACAUUAGCAAAUGGGUCAGUAUUAAUUGUUGGUGGAUUCAACAGUGAUGGUUAUCUCAAUAGUGCUGAAUUAUAUAAUCCAUCAACAGGUACUUGGACGCUCACAGGAAGCAUGAGUAUCACACGAAGACAACACACAGCAUCCAUUUUAGCCAAUGGAUCAGUAUUAGUUACUGGUGGAUACAACGGCAGUAAAUAUCUGAAUAGUGCUGAAUUGUACAAUCCAUCAACAAGCACUUGGACAACUACAGGCAGUAUGAAUGUCGCACGACAAGAUCACACAGCAUCCACAUUAACAAAUGGAUUAGUAUUAGUUGCUGGUGGACUGCCCAACGGUGGUAGUAUCUUACGAGGGAAGGUCCCCAAGUGUGAAUCUCAGUUUUUAACGGGAUAUA